AUGUCUUCUGUCUCGUCACACGGCCCCGAGACCUCCUCUACGGAGCUGUUCACCCCUCGCCAUGUCCAUCUUGUCGGUAGUUCGCCCUACGGUACCAACACUGAGUUCUUUGAGGCCAUGAGCACUGCUCUGCCUGGCCGUCUUGUUUGUCUUCCAGACGGCGAGACCGGCACCCGGCACUUCUUCGUACGCUGGCAAAUGGACGUCUUCGCCUCCAGCCCGCACAUCCUCAAAGGCUUCUCGCAGAUCGGCGACUACAAAGCCUACGAACCAGGCAUUGCGCAGUCCUCGCAAAUCACGCUCGGAGCUCUAGGCUACGACACCCACGCCCUGGCAUCCUACGCCGAGUUCUGCGCGCUGCGAGACAAAGGGGUUAUCCCGCACGGUGUACGCUUCCAGGUCUGCCUGCCGACCCCGCUUAAUGUCGUCGGCUUGUGUCUGCUGCCCGAGUAUCAGGCCGAGGCGGAGCCGCUGUACGAGGCUGCGCUGAUGGCUGCGCUAAGGCGUAUUCAAGAUGGUGUUCCGAAGGAGGAUCUGGCGGUCCAGUGGGACAUGGCGUAUGAGAUUGGCAUGCUUGAGCUUCCUUGCGCGUUCAAUUCUUGGUUCGACGGUGAUGUCAAGCAAGGGAUUCUGGAGCGCUUUGCUCGUCUAGCGGGAGCCGUCGAUGAGGGUGUCGAGAUGGCCUUUCACCUAUGCUAUGGCGAUGCAGGACACAAGCACUUUAGCGAGCCCGCGGACAUGGGUGUGCUAGUUGAUAUGGUGAACGAGCUCUCCUCACACGCCGGCAGAGUCGUAGAUUGGGUGCACGUUCCCGUCCCCAAGAACCGUACUGAUGAAGCGUACUUCCUUCCGCUGAAGCACUUGAAGGUGAACAGCGAGACGCGGGUUUUCCUCGGCCUGGCGCAUGCGUGGAAUCUAAAGGGUACGAGGGAGAGGAUCCGCGUCGCGAGUGAGUUCUUGCAUGGGUUUGGUGUCUCGACUGAGUGUGGCUUUGGACGUACCGGGGUUACUGAGCCGGAGCUGCACUUGCUUCUGGAGAAAAAACUUUGA